UGCAGCUUUGAGGAGGUGUGAAAGUUCUCAUGGAAUUCAACGACCUGCAGCCUCAAUGGAGAGCGCACUCACGCUUUAACCAACAUGCGUUUUAGAGCAGGCGAUCGUAAAGGGGGGGAAUCCCUCUUUGCAUUUUAUUUGCAGAGGAAACAGCAGUUCCUGUUAAAGUUGUAUACAGAGACGGAGGACGCCAUUAAAGCUGCAGGCUAAAACAGAAAGACCGCCGGAUACCGACUGUGCAACUUUUACGUUCGACAGCAAAACCUUUCAUCAAGCCUUGUUCAAAGUGGGAUGUUUGUUUAUGCUGAGGAGGGGAGCCGGUGGAAGAGCGGGGCCCGUACAGGUGGCCGAACGACCGCACUUCUUAUGCAGAUGAUGUUUUCGUCUGCAGGCAAGCGCUGCUUCACGAUAGAGUCUCUGGUCGCUAAAGAGAACCCUCUAACAGCAGAGGAUCCCAUCCGCCCGACGGCUUUAAGUUACUCCAACCCGACGACAGAUGCCUUAAUGAACAGUUACCAGGCUCCACCACCGGCCAGGUCCCUCUACCAGAGCCCGGACCUGGUGUUCCCGGAGACGAUGAACCACCCCUCACUCACCGUGGCUCCUCACCAGCUCGGAGGAUCCCACCUACAGCAUCCGCACUUCUUUGGGACGCAACACCGAGACCCGCUCAACUUUUACCCCUGGGUGUUACGUAACAGAUUUUUUGGACACAGAUUUCAAGGUAACGACGUGUCCCAGGACAGCCUGCUCCUCCACGGCCCUUUCGCGAGAAAACCCAAACGCAUCCGGACGGCCUUCUCUCCCUCCCAGCUCCUCCGGCUGGAAAGAGCCUUCGAGAAGAACCACUAUGUGGUCGGAGCCGAGAGGAAACAACUGGCCAACAGCCUGAGUUUAUCUGAAACGCAGGUGAAGGUGUGGUUCCAGAACAGGAGGACCAAGUACAAGCGACAGAAGCUGGAGGAGGAGGGACCAGACAGCCAGCAGAAGAAGAAGGGGAACCACCACAUCAACAGAUGGCGCAUCGCCACUAAGCAGACCAGCUCCGAGGACAUUGACGUGACCUCAGAGGACUAAAUCUGCGGUCCAGCCUCUGACAAUGCUGCCCUACCCCUGCGUCUGCUUGUGACGCAUCAGAGGACCAAUACUAUUUAUUAUGUAAUAUUAUUAAGUAUAAUUAGACACAUUAGAGGAAGACUCGAGGACUUAAUAUGUGAUCACUGCUCAUCUCUUCAUCAAGGUGCUAUACUCUGUGACACUGGGAGGGGUGGGGGGCAUCUUAUUUAAUGAAAUCUCCUCUGAUUGUCUCUGGAUGAGAAGAGAUUCUGACAUCGUUUGAUCAUUUUGGUUGUGUGACAGCCAAACAUGAAGAGACAUGACACCCUCUACCAUGGUGUUUUUGUUGUUUUGUUUUUUUAAAUUGUACAUAGACCAGUGAAGGUUACGUGUUUUUUGUUUGUUUUGUUGGGGGGGGGUGUUACCACUUGCUUAGGUCAUUAACACUUCAUCGCUCGCCCUACUCCACCACCUGUGUACCAAGUUAAUUUAAAUUUCUCCUCACUUACAAGAAGGAGGUGAUCCACACUAUGAAUCCACCCGGUGAGUCGGAGGACGCACUCGGUGCCAGACCGGAAGAACAAAAACUGGGGAGAAACAAACAAAAAAAAUUACGUAAAGGAGCACGCAUCUAAAGAAGAUUCAAAGACCCUGCAUGAUUUUAUUCCCACUUUCACGCCUUCAAAGCCGUCUUGGCUCUUUGUUACACUUCCUAAUGAAGAUUCUUCACAGUAAUGUGACUCUUGGCCAGCUGUGCAUGACUCUGGGACAGAUGAGAAGCUGCAGAGACCUCUGGUGUUCGGGUUAACUUGAGCUGCAUAGUACAAGUUCACAGCUUCGUGCUUCUUCUGCCAUGGCACAUUUGUGAUCGUGAAUGUGUGCAGAUUUCAUCCAGCACUGUGUAGUACAAAAACGUAAUAUGACCAGAACAGUUGUGCGAGCGGAACGUGUAAUUACAGAAAGAUGUUUUAGAAAUAAAAGUAAAAAUUAUUUCUCUGAUGGGA